CUGCAGCUCCUGUGUCGGAGUAGGUUCGUGUUGUGAGUUGUCCUGUCGUGUUUUACAGUAAAAUUAGCCACUUUUAUAUAAUUACACCCUACUGUGGAGUUGUUGCUGUAACUUUUCUAGCUUUAGCUAGCAGUCGACCGUGCUAAAUAACAAACUAUCUCGGUUUGCUAGCCGUGGUCAUGGCUUAUACGCAAAUUCUGAAAGCCCUGCAUCGAAAUCUGCAACACACGGCGACACAGCUCUCCGUGCAGAAAUGCAAACUGGCACAGAUCAGCGGGGUCAUCCACCCGCACAGGACAGUGUCAACGCUGUCGAGACUGGCUUUCCAAAAAGCACCAGAGGCUCAUUCACCUGUAGUGAGCUGCUUCAUUCAAGCACACAGACGGCGGAGUAUCUCAAUCGACUUCACUGCCAGAAAUAAAAGCAGCCCCCAGGACAGAGACAAGUCAGUUUCCACGUAUCAGAGUGGCAGCCCAAAGCCUUCAGCUGCACAAAAAGUGAAAGACGCUGGCAGAGACUUCACCUACUUGAUAGUUGUACUCAUCGGACUUGGGGUGACAGGUGGGCUUUUAUAUGUGGUGUUCCAGGAGCUGUUUUCUUCCACAAGUCCAAAUAAAGUUUAUGGGAAAGCCUUUGACAAAGUCAGGUUACACCCAGAGGUGAUCGGUGCGUUUGGGGAACCAAUCAAGUGUUAUGGCGAGACCACCCGUCGAGGGAGGAGGCAGCAAGUCAGUCAUCUGGAGUACCUGAAGGAUGGACUGAAGCAUAUGAGACUCAAGUUUUACAUUGAAGGCUCAGAGCCGGGCCUUAAGGGAACUGUGCAUUCAGAAUCUAAAGAGAAUCCCGAAACUGGAAAAUAUGAGUUUCGUUAUAUAUUUGUGGAAAUAGACACCUACUCAAGACGGACCAUCGUUGUGGAAGAUAACAGAUAAGAAAGACAAUGGCUGCUCUGAAGUGUCACUUCCCAGACUCGAUAUUCUGAAAAUGUGAGGAACGUGUCUAAAAAGAAGGUGAAUGUAAAUGGACAAAAAAACAGAAGAUUUCAAUUUAAUUUAAUAUUAAAAGCUGGUUUGGUUAAACAUCAGUAAUUAUGGCUGAUUUUUACCGCAGUCACAACAAUGUACUGGUCAGCAUUUGGUGAAGAGCCUUGCAAAGCACUGUCUCUUUCUCAAAUAUAAAAUGAUGAUUUGACUCUGAUGUGCUGUAGAUUUAUAAAUCAUGUACAUGUGCUUUAGAUAGAUGUUUGUCUUUUGACCAAAAAACUGCAGAUUGAUCAGAAUUUUGAAAGUACUUUUAAAUUGUAGCAAACUGCUUUUUUCCUGUCAUAUGCACACAGCAGAAAUACAACAAAAAAACAGCAUUGGUGUUGAUGAAGAAAGUCAUUUUCUUUUAUUUUGAUGAUAAUGAAGAAAGUCAUUCUCUCUCUUUUUGCUGGUCACCACACCCUUUGAUUCAAUCACCUUUUGUCAUGCGGUUUCCUACCCCCAUCACAGACCCCCGGUUCCACCCCCUGUUGUUCAUUGUCCCCGUACCUCCUACCACUUGAUUCGCAACUGUAUGUUAACGAACCACUAUUCACGUCUGUAUUUACAUUCAGCCCCCACCCUCUGACAUACCCUAUAAAAUGUUCGGGGGUCGGUUUACCAUCACAGACUCAUGCUCUGUGCUGGUGAGCUCACCAUAUACCGGAAUACCAAUAAACACCAACUACAGCAAACUUCA